AUGUCUGGACAACCUCCUUUCAAGUAAAGAAGCAUUCUAAUAUUUAGUUUUCUAAACAUGUCGAAUUUUAACAUGUUGAAUCCCCAAAAUACUUAAAUAUCUUAAGCAUAUGAGAAGGCAAUUAAAGAUGCUGUGAACAGUGUGCAUUUAUAAAAAUUAGGAAAAAAACAACUAUAAUAAAUUGCAAAAGAACUGAAUAUACCUGAAAAAAAAAAAAAAGAAGAAAUUAUUGCCUAAAUUCCAAAACAACUCCUACAAUAUUUGAUAUAAGUAGAUCCUUCUAGACCAGUUGAAUAACUUCUUCAACACCAACCAAACCUCCAAAACAAUGAAAGCAUUAUGGCCAUCUUAAAGAAAUUUUAAGGAAGCAUAAUAAAUAAAACAUAAUCAUUCCAACAAUAGCCUCAAAUGCAGCGUGCCAUCCCACAAUUACUCCAAAACCCUUACCUGAAUUAUAUGGUACUCCCAUAAGCACAAUAAACAUAAUAAUAAAUGUUACCAUAAUACCCUCAACUAAUGAAUAUCAAUCUCUAUCAAUAGCAUUUAAGAUAAAACCCUCCAUAGCAAUUUUUCUAUCAAUAUAACAAUUAAUGGAAUGAUCCCCUUCCUCAGACAGAAAUGUAAUAACUCCUCAUGUGUCCAUGUAAAAUCAUUCCCGCCAAAAGAAUUACAAAUGAGGAAGUUAAAUGCAUUAAUUGUGACAAUAAACUACAUAUUUCUUGUCUCAAAUUGUAGCCCAAUGAUGUCAAGAUGUUUGAGUGUCCUGUUUGCAUACUCAGUAAAAUCGACCCACUCAAUCAAAUUAUUAAAGUUCUUGCCAAACCGACAUUGAUGAAUACUACUUAAAGUACACUCAAUUUUAUGCUUACAACAGAAGAAUAUCAGUAAUAUUUCAACCUAUAUAAACAUAGUCAAUUAUAAGAUCGCUCAUUUUAAUACUAAGUCGAAUUGAGAUCAAUAAGAUUAGAUGCCAAAUACAUUAAUGAAAUUACGUGGCCCGAUUUCUGUGAGAUCUCUAUCAACCAAUAACGUGUUUCUGAAUUUAAACCACUCAAAUCCAACAGCAGUCUUAAAAAGAGAAAGGAUGAAAUUCAAAUCAUUCCUUUAUAGCAAAACAAUUUAGCUUUCUCCAUCAAAUCAGGCUACAACCAGAUCAUCAUCAAAGAAGUCCAAAAUUGUUAGGAGCCAAAAACAUAAUUUAAAUUAUGCGAAGAGUACAACCAUAUUCUUAUUCUUAGCGGUGUCUAUGCAUAAGCCAUUUACUUGACUAAGAAGAGACCUCAUUAGGAGUUGAUCAAUCAAAUUAAACAAAAUAAAGAGUGCAUCAAAACUAAAGAAGAGUGUAUUCAACUCAUACAAAAAGCAUGCAUAGCAGAAAAAACAGAUAAUGAUGUUCAAAUUGAUAAAAUUACAAUCAAAGUCUCCCUGAAGUGUCAAUUUGACUAUUAAAUGAUUUAAACUCCUGCUCGAGGAAGGUUUUGUACCCAUGUAUAAUGUUUCUCUCUUGAAAAUACUAUUACAAUUAACGCAGGUACAUCAAGAAAAUGGAAGUGUCCAGUUUGCAAGAAAAAAAUAUUUGAAAUAAUAAUUGACUCGUAUUAAUUUCAAUUGCUGGAUUAAUACAGAAACAACAAAGAGAACAUCAAGGAGGUGGUUUUUGAUUAAAAUGGUGAAAUUGUGUAAGAGAUUAAGGAAGAAUUUGAAGAAUCAGAAGAAGAAUAAAUUAGCGCCAAUAAAUAAAAUCAAUUAGAAGAAUAAUAAAAACAGCCUCUUUUGUAAAAACCUGAUCCAUCAUUUCUCUCCAGACUUAUGCUAUUUAAUCCUGCAGCCACUUUUAUGUAAAUUCAACUUUGCAAAAAAUAAAUUGAUUAAAUUAAUGUCUUACAAUAACAACAACAACAACUAUCAUAACAAUAAAUUCAGUAAAAAGAGAAAAAUGAGAAUGUCAAUUCUUCUUAAAAUAAAGCAUAAUUAAAGUAAUUUGUUGAGUCUAAUCUAUCUAAUAUAGAAGGAAAAUAAAAUUCAUUACAAUCUCAACUAUCUUAAUAAACUAUUACUAAACCUAAAUUCAUUAAAUUUAAAAAAUUCGAAACUUGGUUAGAUGAGGUAUCCCAGUAAGAAAUUGCAUAAAAGAAUUUAGAAAAAUAAAUCAACGAUUAAUUAAAUGAAGAAUAAAAUUUAGAAUAAAAGUAGUCAUAGCAAUAAUAAGAUGAAUAAUAAUAAUAAUAAUAAUAAUAAUAAUAAUAAUAAUAAUAACAAUAAGCUUUACAUUAAGAAAAUGAUAAACCAAUCCAAAAAUCUAAUAGAUUAAAAGAAAGAAUGGUUAGAGUAAUCAAAAAAUAAUUUUCUGAAUUUAUUAGAAAAAACUUUGCUAAUAAUAUGAAUGCUACCAAUGAAAAUAAUCCCAAAAAUCCUUAAUAAACAUAAUAAUAAUAACUACAUUAGAGUGCCACCAAGAAAUAUAUUUACAAACUUUCUGAAGAGAAGCCUAAAAUAAAUACUAGUUCUCAAUUCACUAAAAUGUUGGCUGAUCAGAUUAUAAUGCAAAAUCCUGGCCAAACUGAAAAACAACAUGAUGAUUUGAAAACCUUUAGUGAAGAAUAAUUAAAAUCAUUAUAAGCUUUCCAAGGCAGCGUAUUUCAACAAUAACUAUUAAAUUCAAAAUAACAGGAUUAAAAUAUUUUAAUAUAAAAAGCAUUAAGUAAUCAAAAUCCACCAAUUAUUGUACAUUAAUAACAAUAAUUAUAACAAUUAUAACAUUACCAAUAAUAAUAAAUUCUUUAAUAAAAAUUGAAAGAAAAACCUUUAUAAAAAAUAAAAUCUCCUUAACCUAGUAGUGGUCAAGAGGGUAAAAAUGGAAAAGAUAUGGAAAAUCCAAUUUGUAUAGAUUGA